AUGGCCGGAACAUAUUCCCUACCCAACGAUGGCGAGGAACAAGCCAGGCUGGAUAUGCAGCACGUUCUUUGGAAGAUAGUCUUGGACGACGCCCUGGGCCUUGCGCCAGUAUGCAACGAGGCCCCGGCAUUUGUUCUCGACGUCGGGACGGGGACGGGCGCAUGGGCCAACGAGUUUGCCGAGAGAAAUCCAACCUCGGAAGUCAUUGGUACAGAUCUCAGUCUCAUUCAGCCAUCCAUUGCACCCAAUGUGACUUUUGUUGUGGAGGACUCGGAGGAAGACGACUGGGUCUUUCCUCAGCUGUUCGACUAUAUCCACCUUCGCAGUAUGCUGGUAUCAUUGAAUGAUGUGACCACAAUACUCAGAAGAAGCCUCGACCAUAUGAAUCCUGGAGCUUGGCUGGAGUUUCAGGAUUCUUCCUGGGAGCUGCACAGCCCCAAUGGCAGUCUAGAGGGUACAGCAAUCCAACGAUGGUCACAGUGCGUCCUCGAGGGUCUUGCUCGCAAUGGCCAUGAUACGGUAUUGAAUCUGCAAUCCCUAAAGUCCCAUCUCGAGAGCGUCGGUUUCGUGGACGUGCAAGAAAAGACAUUUCCAGUUCCGGGAAAUGGAUGGAUGAAGCGCAAACCAAAGAUGAAGCAUCUGGGAAUCUUCACUGGCAGCAUCAUAGUCCAGGCCCUGGACGCCUACCGCAAAGUCCUGGGCUUUGCUGGGCUCAGCGACGGUGAAAUCGACGAGCUGAUCGAGGCAGCCAAACUAGAAGUUGGGAAUACCAAUAUCCAUUUCUAUCUCAGGAUACAUUGUGUAUUCGGACGUAAACCGAUCCCAGACAGCUGA